AUGGCGCCGGUGCCAACUUGGCCUCGAAAGGCUUUAGCUGGCCACAAGCGUUCGCCAUCUACGACGUCUACGCUGACAGAGUCAACGCAGAUGCCUGAUGAGGAGAUGGAUGAGGUGGAUGAUCUGCUUGAGGACAGUGACGACGACUUAGAGAUUCCGGAGGAAGCUCUCGAGGUCGCUGUGGCCCAGAGCUUCGCCAAGAAGGCUCUGCCCAGUGCCUGGGCAGAGGGAAAAGGCGCAGCAACGCAGCGCUGGGAAGAAGCUGAGAAUCUGAUCGCGGCGCUAGACUUUCCCAUGAGGGAGCACAUGUCCAAACGGAAGAUGUGGGAUGCGCCCCAGGCCGCGUCGGGGACUUCAGAGCUGGCGAGUAGCAUUGAGCUAGGUUCGGUCAUGGCCGUGCUCUGGACGCAGGUCGCCAGUGUGGCAGGUUGGGUCUGCCAACCAACCAGUUCCGACCAUGUCACAAACGAUCAGAUUUUGCAGCUGCAGUCUGCGCUGGACGAGAUGCGACUCCUGCUCAACCAUGAGCAACGGGUCUCACAGGAGUUGAAAGCGCAAGUAAGGGAUGAGCGGAGGCGGGCAGAGAUGCUUCAGCGGGAGAUGCAGGACAAGCUCGAGCUUCAAGACCACGAAAUGAAGAGUCUCCUGGCAGAACUCGAGACGGCCAAGGCUGCGCUGCAGCAGAAGAAGAACGAGUUCCCGAGGCCUAUGGAGGAGACCUCUGAGAAGCCGAGUCAGGUGCACCAUCAUGUAUUGAAACAACGAGAGUGCGAGACGGAGCUGUUGGCAGCUCUGCUCGAGCAUGCCACGAAGCAGGCGACUGCCUGCCCCGCCGUGAAAAAGGAAUCGACCGCCCUGCAGCAACUCCGCUCGGAGCUAGAGGUGGCUCAAGGCAAAGCCUCCGAGGCCCAGGAAGCUACGGAAGAGUUGCGGCAGCAGCUGCAGCAGGAAAAAGUAUCAAGACUCGAAGUGGAGCACUUGCUAGAACUGCAGCGAGAAUCUCUUGUGAGGGAGGUUCAUCAUCGCAAGACCUUUGAGGCCCAGGUGGCAGAGUUUUUGCAGCUGCUGGGGCAAAGAAACGCCUUGCAUGCGAUGCUGAUCCAAUGGUUCGAAGUGGAGCAGUUACUCGAGCUGCAACGAGAGUCUCUCAUGAGGGACCAACGCAAGGCCUGUGAAGCCGAAGUUGCAGAUUUUCUGUGGCGCGUUAUCAGUCGGAAGGCCCGCGCCGAGCUGCAGCAUUUGAACGAAUUGCAGCGGGAAGAGCGCUUGCAGCAGCCACAAGAGCGCCGCUUGCGGGAGAACGAAUCGAACACCUGCCGUGCACAGCACAAGGGCCUGCCGAUCCGAGCAGUCCAAUAUGUGCCGCAUCUUGUAGGCGAGCCUUUCCCAUUUCCGGAGUCCGAUCCGCAAGGCUACUACAAGUCAGUCUUCCAGAAGCUGCAUCAGCGAGACCUGCCUUUGAUUGGCAAUGCCAUGCAGGCAGACACGCUACGAAUUCGGCCUUGGCCGCUUGCCCCGAGGAACCGGAACGAGGCACAUGCGCCGUUCCUGGAGCUCAUGAGACAACAAGGCAUUUGCAAGUUGGUGCCAACGUUCCAUUUGGCAAAGCAUUACGCGGAGAUGCUGAAGCAAGGAAAGACGUCGCCGGAGACAAACUCGGACUCCCACCUUGCGACAGACUUCAUUCGCUUCGGAGGUACGGUGGAUGGUAAUGUCCUCGAGGAGAUUGAGAUGGUCGGCUGGAGCCUUGACCUUUCCCUCGAUCUCUUCAAGCUUUUGCCGCUCGUGCGGACUGACUGUACGCUGGAGCCCAAAGAUGAAAGCUAUUCCAUGUAUAAGUCCAUGCUGGAAGUGAUCGUGGCUUGGGUCCGACAGCAAGGCAUCGCCGGGUCUGCUGCUCCAGCGCUUCGGGAGGUCCCAUUGCUGGUUCCGUUGGACCUUUCGCAGAUUGACUGGACCCAGCGAAUGGUAGAGGCGAAGCUGAUGACACUCCUCCAAUGCAUGGAACAGUGGAGCUCUCCAGUGUUCGGUCAGUUUCAAGACAUCCCACGUACCCGUUGGCUUCUUUCCUUCGCGCUGCCAUACGAGAUGGAAUAUGAGGACUGUCAAGGUGAGCAGAAUCUUCGCUGCUUCCCUUUCGAAACACUCCUCAGUCAGUUGGCCACGCGCCUCAGCCAGACCAACACAAGUGCCGUCAUCAUGGUCGGAACACAAGCGCUGAAGCCAGACCCCUCGAACAAUCCAAACCCGGUGCAAGACUAUGGCACUGAAACUGAGCCCGCGCACGGGUGGGAAAGUCAUAUCACCUCUGCCGGGGCGAAACUUUGUUACAUCUCUUUCGUGUCAAUGCUGAUGGAGGACUAUCAACUCGACGACCUCCAUGGCUUUGAUGCCAAUCUUGCCGUUCUAUGCUUUUGGAUCCUUCCGGCAUUCAAAGACUUGGAGCCCUUCGGCUCUCCCGCCCAGGUCUUGGAGAUGGGUGCAAACGCAUUCGACAUUGCCACUAUGUCCACGGUCGUUGUUUUUGGCAGUGUUCUUGUUGCCUUGUUCCUGGUGGGGCAUUACAGGGCACCGUCUGGGAGCUCAGACUACAAUCACAAGAGUGCUUCGUACUUGUCUUCGAUAGUUUCCAACAGUUCCGCCAUAGACUUUGAUUUCGUUGUCUACAACCUCACUCAGAUGAUCUUUUCGCCUUUCAUUGGGACGCUGUCGGAUCGCGUUGGCCGCAAGAGGAUUUUGAUAAUGGCGCUGCUGGGCGGUGCAUUUGUCAGCUUCCUCCAGGCCAAGGCUGAAAACUUGACGCAGAUGCUCGUCGUCCGAGCCGUUGGCGGGAUCGCUGCAAGCUCCGGACCCGUGGAAACCGCGUACUUGAUGGAAGAGUCGACCUCAGAGAAGGAGCUGCGCGAGGUGCUGGUGCUCCAGCGCAUUGUGGUGACCCUAGGAGCCAUCCUCGGCCCUUUGGUCGCCAAGGUGUUUUCUCAUCUGAGCUUCCAAGACUUGUGCUACCUCAUUGUGGCUUCAAACAUUGUUGGUGCAUUCAUCGGUAUCUUCUUCUACUCGGCGGGGCAGCUGUCAAAAGUGAGUGAACUUGUCUCGCUGGAAGAUACGCAUCUCGGAUACCCCGAAGCCUUGGUUGAGACUGGCCUGCAAGACCAGAAAUCGUCCCAGGAGCAUGAAACCGACCAGGCACUGCUUAUGGUGUUGCUGUGUGUGCUGAUGGGCGUCAGUGGGGGAGUCGUAGGCUACAGGGAUGGCGCCAGCCCAGAGUCCGCACGUCGCCGCAUCCGCAGCUCCGGCUCUUCGCUAAGCGGCAACCACCUGGGCAACCGCCCUCGACCUGUUGGUGUGGGGCCCGGAAAAGCGAGCAAAAAGGCCGAUGACGCCGCCAAGCUGGGGACGGAUCUUCAGAAGAAGGGCAAGGACAAUGGCAUGAAGAUGCUUGAAGCAGCGGGAGCGAUCACUGCAGCGGUCGCCCAGAUCGGAAAGACAGGCCCUGAUUUCAUCGAGGCCCUGCGUAGCCUCGGUGCUAGCUGGAGCGAGGCGGCAGGCCUGCUGGCAGCUGGUGGCAGCGGUGGCGACUCGGGACCCUGGGGCAAGGCCGCCGACUUGGCCAAGACGGCCUCCGGCAAGGCUUCGGGUGCGACGCUCAAAGCUGCCAUGGAUCUUGCCAAAGAGGUCGGAGCAAGCUGGACCGAGAAGCUUACGCCCAUCACCGUGGCAGACCUCAGCAGCUCCAAAACCGAGGAUGAAGCGGCCCUGAAGGCGGCUGCGGACGCCCCGCAGAAGAUCACGGACACGCGGCAGAAGGCUGCUGCCCUGGUCAAGGCUUCCCUGGCUCAGCUGCAGAUGGAGAGCCCUCAGUCUGAGGAUGCACUCAAGAACGCCAAGGAUGCCUUGGCUAGCUUUCGGGAGCUGAACGUCCCAGAAGGUGAGGCCACGGCGCUGCGGGCCGUUGCUGUGGCCUCCCUGGGUGUGGAUGCAUUUGGGGCACUGCAAGCGGCGAACCAGUCUCUGAAGACUUUCAAGGAGCUCGGCCAUGGCAAGGGCCAGGUGGCGGCAUUGCACUCCAUUGCCAUGGCCCACCUGGGGAAGGACAGCACCGAUGAUUGCGUCUUCAGGGCCAUGGAAGGUCUGAAGCUGUCUCGACAAGUUGGAGACAGGAUGCGAGAAUAUGCGAUCCUGGCGACCAUCGUCGAGGCCUACCUCAUCCAAGGGGCGGGCAAGCGCGGCCUGAGCUCGGCUCAGGAGGCGCUGGCAGUGGCCAAGGGCCUCGGCGAGAAGCUUUUGGAGGCUAAGGCACAGUGCCUUGUGGCCAAGGCUGCAGGGCUUUGCUCUGCCGCAGAGUCUGCCGCGGGGGUCGCCGCAGCCCAGGAGGCACUGAAGAUGUAUCAGAGCAUGGGGCUGAAGUCCAAGGAAAGCGAGGCUUUGGCGGCCCUCGGUGCCGCUUGCAUGGCCAAGGAGGACCCAGCGGAGGCACUCCGCGAGGGCCAGGGCCUUGCGGAUAAGUUCAGGCAGGCCGGCGACAAGAAGGAAGAGUCUUCUGUCAUGCUAGCCAUCGCCAAGAUCCACAAGGACAGCAAGGAGCUGGACCAAGCACUGCGUGCGGCACAGGAGGCCGUCACCUGUGCCAAGGCCUCCAACGAUCGCACGGCCGAAGCCAAGGCUCUGCAGGCAACUGCCCUCAUUCGACUGGAGAAGGAGGAGCCAGGCGAGGCAUUGCGAGCUGCCGAGCAGGCUUGCGGCCUCUACCGAAACCAGGCCUUCCCGAGCCGCGCAUCGCGAAAUGCGGAGAUUGCGUGCCUGAAGGCCAUGGUGGAUGCGCAGGCUGCCAUGGGAAGUGCCGAUGAGGGAAUGCGCUUGGCCUCGGAACAGCAGCGCCGCUACAAGAGCUUGAAGGAGAAGAAGGGCGAGGGUUCCGCCUUCCUGAUGAUGGGGAAGUUGCAUCAGCUCCGGGGCGACCUGGAGGAAGCGCUCAACUGCCUGGUUCAGUGCCCUGCGCUCUUCCUGGCCGUAGGUGAUCGAAAAGGUGAAGGAGAAGCCUGGCUAGGAAUUGCCAAGAUCCACCUUGGCAAAGGCGAUGUCCAGCAGGCCCAGCGCGCUGCAGAGGAGUGUGCCCUAGCCUACAGGAAGCUGGGAGACAAGAAGGGCCGAGCCGAGGCCGCUCAGCUGGUGUCCGAUGUGCACUUCGCACUCGCAUCCAUCGGUCAGGGCAAUCCGCAGGAGGCCCUCCGUGCAGCACAGGAGGCAGUUCAGCUCUACCAGGAGCUCGGGGAAAAGACCCAGACAGCCAUCAGCCUUCACAUCUUGGCAAAUGCCAACCUUAUGACCAAAAACUUCGAUGAUGCCCUCAAGACGGCACAGGAUUCCGAGACGGCUUUCAGAGCCCUUCGUGACACUGCUGGUGAGGCUGGCUCCAUGAUGCUCCAAUCCGGAGCACACCUCGGCCGACAAGACUUCGAGGAGGCGAAGCGCUGCGCGAAGGAGUCGAGAGACCUCUUCAAGUCCGCCGGCGACUUCCAGGGUGAGGACUCCAUUGAGGACUUCCUCGACCACGUAGAGGGCUAUGAAAAAGGCCGGCAGAACCUGGACGACUUCCGGGGCUUUGCCAUGCGCCGCACUGACCCUACUGUGGCCAAAGGGGCUGGCCCGAAGCGCGAAAGGGCUCCCAGGAAACCACGGCAAAUCUCGAACAUCUCAGACAUCGAGCUGAUCAAGAUGGACUCCUCCAAGGAGGGAAAGGUGACCUUAGCAUUCUUCGACGCCUUCGAGAGCAGAUCUGCAGGUGGCGGAAAGCCACCACCAAAGGCCGAAGCCGGCAGCAAGGGCCCUGGCGGCCUGGCACUGGGAGCCCCCGAGAAGGAGCCGGUUCUCUACAGUGUCCGGUGGGUCCAGGCCUCCGCUGGCAAGUCCGGCGCUUCCCCUGGGCCGAAGAAGGGCCGCCGGGAGUUCACCAAGGAAGAGGACAAGAGGCUUGUCAGCACGGCGUCGCUCGGUGCACCGAAGGACUCUUUUGGGCCCUACGGCCGGUCAGAGCGACUGGAAGCCGUCAGCGGCAAGCGAGGUGUCUGA